UAAUAAUUUCUCAUCAGCAUUUUACACUCCGGAGUGUAUUUGUAUUUACCGAAACUGUUUUGUACAGUAGAAAAUUCUCAUUCGUUAGUGGUAGUAGUGCCACUGAAGGGAACGACAGAGUAGAGUAGAGUAGAGGAGCGAGAGAGAGAGCGCUUGCUUGGUAGAUGUCAGCUGCUUGAAGCUUUUUCGGAAAUGGAGGAGCUUUGGUUUGCAAGCAAUGACAUUCUGAUUGAUGUGCUUUGCCGAUUGCCAACUAAAACUUUGCUUGGCUGGAAGUGUGUUUCAAAAGAAUGGCAUCACCUUAUUUCUGACCGCUCUUUUAUCAAGCAUCAGUUGAAGAGGACAGAACCAAUUUCUGGAUUCUUCUUCCAGGAAAGGUUCCAAUGGUGUGACAAUGAUAUCAAGUCUAUUAGCUAUAUUCCAGUUAAGACAGAAGGCACUGAAUUGCAGCGCACAAUCUUUGAUUUCCUCCCUGAGAACGUUGUGCUAUUGGCUGUGAGCAAUGGCUUGAUUUGUUGUAGGAGUUGCUUUCCCUCUCCACAGCCAGUAAUAUAUAUCUGCAACCCCGUGAACAAAGAAUGGGUGAAACUUCAGUGGCCUGCACCUGACAGACGAAGCAGCCUAGGAUUGGCUUUUGAUCCCUUUAAGGAUCCAAUAGAUGAAUCCAUCAAUUUCAAAGUGGUUAGGGUUCAUCAAACUGUGACUGACCCAGACGAUUCAUACUUCUCAUUUGAUAUAUACUUGUCAAAAACAAGUACGUGGAGGAGAUCAGGGGAGAUUUGCCAAUGCAAUCACAAUUUGUAUAAGAACAAAGCCAUUUUUAUUGGAGGGAUAUUUUAUUGGCUAACUGAUGGUGACCAAAUCCUCAUGUUCGAUAUUGAAAACGAGUUAUCAUGGUUGGUUACAAUACCAGUACCCCUUGUGCAGUUUGAUAGCAUCACCGAAAUGUGUAUUGGGGAAUCUGAAGGCAAACUUCACUAUGUUUUGAUCUCUGAAGAUGGACUUCAAGUAUGGGUACUUGAUGAUUACUUUGACUUCACUUGGUCACUCAAAUACUCAAUAGCUCUGGAUGAGAUGGAGAGGGAAAAUUUGGAGUUCCUCUGUAAUGUAAAACAGAGAGUAGCGAGCCGGUUGACCAUUGAUAUGACUCCAUGGAUGGACCCUUUGGCCUUUAAAGAUGGUCUUUUGUUCAUUAGAGUAGGGGCAACGAUCUACUUGUUGAAGUUAGGGAUGAUGAAAAUGGAAGAGCUCUGCACCCUUUCCACGUUGGGGCCAAACUCCAUGAUUUCUCCCAUUGUGCUUCCAUAUUCCAUGAGUUUGGUGCCGUUGAGUCAGCCCUAAAGUUUGGAUUUCAGAGAGUUCAGGGAUCUUAUUAUUUAAAAAAAAAAAAAAAAAAUUAUGUUCUCUGUUUCCUCUGUUGAGAUUAUGGCUUUAGGGGUGUGCAUAGUUGUAUGCUUUUUUGCUAGGCUUGUGAAAGGUUUAUGCUGCUGCUUUUUUUUUUUUUUUUUGCCUAGGCUUGUGCAGAGGUUCUUAUGCUAGUAAGUAAAGAUGUGAGCUUUUAAUAUGUAGGUGCUUGGAUAGCUAGAAAACUGCAACUUUUUUGUUUAUGGAUUUUCCUUUAUUGGAUACAUAUGUUGAAUAGAGAAUGUUGGUUGUUCCUGUUUGUAGUUUGUUGCCUGCUAUGCCGUUGGUUAUUACUGGCUUCGCCGGUAUUGCUGAUUUCAUUGUACUAAUGUUGUUGAUUCAUCUGUUGAUGCAACUUGCUAUUUGCUGGAAAAAAAAAAAUAAAUAAAAGAAGAAAGAAAU